AUGGGCGAUAAGCGAAAACGCGACGAAGCUGCUGCCGACGAGCACGAUGAAGCUGUGGUUGAUAUUUCGAAGUCAUCUAAGAAGGUGAAGAGUGGCGAUAAGGAGAAAGUGAAGAAGGAGAAAAAGGAGAAGAAAGAGAAGAAGGAGAAGAAGGACAAGAAGGAGGAGAAGGAAGAGAAGAAGGAAAAGAAAGAGAAGAAGGAAAAGAAGGAAAAGAAACGAAAAGCUGAAGAAGAAGCGGAGGAGACGGUGAAUGCUAAUGACGUGGACGGUUCUGCGGACGAGGACAAGAUGGAGGUGGACGGGCAGACGAACGGAGUUGAGAAGGCAGAGAAGAGCAAGAAAGUGAAGAGAGAGGACAAGGAUAAGAAGGCCAAAAAGGAGAAGAAAGCGAAGAGCGAGGAAGAGGAAGAGGAAAAGACUGAUAAGAAGGAGAAGAAAGCAAAGAAAGAGAAGAAGAAAGAGAAGAAGGAAAAGAAGCAGAAGGAGGAAGAGAAAGAGGAGAACGGUGUCAAUGGCAAUGGCGCAGAGGCUGAAGAAUCAACACGAGCUGCCGCAGCCGAGACAGAGACACCCGCUGAGAACGGCGCAGAAGAGACUACUACUGACGGCGCCGUUGGAGACGUCGAGAUGGACGAAGCCCAGAAGAGCCAGAGAUUCAUCGUCUUCAUAAGCAACCUACCGUACACCGCGACGCAAGAGUCCGUGACGAAACACUUUGAAAAGCUGCAGCCAAGCUCCGUCCGCGUGCCGCUGGAGAGAGGCGGGAAGAAAGGCAGGGGAUUCGCCUUUAUUGAAUUCUCCGGCUUCGACCGCAUGAAGACCUGUCUAAAGCAAUACCACGGCACCAUGUUUGAAGACGGGAACAAACCAGCCCGUAAGAUCAAGGUCGAACUAACCGCCGGGGGAGGAGGCUCGAAGUCUGAAGCGAGGAAGAUGAAGAUCCUCGAGAAGAACCAGAAGCUGAACGAGGAGCGAGCCCGAGAUGCGCAGGAGGCCAAACGAGCCAAGACGGCGUCUGCCACGACCAAUAAUGGAGCCAGUGCAUCGGCGGCUGACGAUCAGUCGCAUAUCCAUCCUAGCCGAAGGGCGUGGGUCCCGGUAUAA